ACGAAACAUGGCGGACGGCGAAAUGGUGACCGAUGUAUCUACAAAAGCACUUUAUUCUGGCCUCCCAGAACAUGUUCAACACAACUUGGAAGAACUUAGUCUUCAGCCAUUAAAUUGUUCUGCUAGAAGCGCAAUAAAAUCAUUUAUGGGAAGAGUGGUACAAAAAAAUAAAGAGGACCUGGAAAGGAAACUGCGAUAUGAUCCUGUGACUUUGGACAGGCUAAAUAAACACAAGUCAAACAAGAAACCAAAGAGAAAAGAAAUGUCCCUAAGAGAGAAAAAGAGUCGAGGCAUUUACAAGAUUUCUCCCAAGAAUCAAAGGUAUGAAAUGUAUCUUCCUCUUCAUGAUUUAUGGACAGGCUACAUGCAAGAAAUGUUAAACUUGACAUCUGAAAGUAAUUUGAAAGUUAUAUAUCCCAAACUACUGCGUGCUGACUACCAUGGGUGUAUUCUCAAGGUGAGCAGAUCCAAGUGUCCAUCAUAUGUAGGAACAUGUGGUAUCUUACUUCAAGAGACAAAAAAUUCCUUCAAGAUUAUCACAAAACAAGACAAACUCAAAACCUUUCCCGGGCUCUUAGUCAGUGGAAAUGAGCGAUUACGAUUGUUAGGGAAACGGAUGCCUGAGCACCGCUGCCGCCGCCAUUGACUGAGAGACUGGCAGAGGCUAUGUGUGGUUGUGAUUCUAUAUGUUUUGAUGAUACAGAGCCAAACAACGAGUUUCUUUUUUGUUUAUGUUCAGUGAUUCCUAAAGCAAACAGUGUGUUUACAUUUGAACUGGGAGGAUUUGAGUUCACGAUUCACGGAAGUCAUUUCUGCUUCCGAUCUAGUGAGCGCUCGGCAAGGAGAUUCAAACCAAAAGCGACAACAGACUUAUAAACAUCCAUCUUGGACAGAUUUUCCAGUCAACAUUGUUCCCACAGCUGUGGUUCCGUGAUCACAGAAAGUCCUACAAAGAAGGAGUAUCUGAGUAAUCACAAACAUGCCUAUGAAGGGAAUUUGUAAUUUUGCCUAGAGAACGUUUUUAGUGUGCAUGCUAAACGUCCUCAGACUUUGU